AUGACACGUGUAAGUGAUACGGCGCUCGUUUCUGGAGGCAACGAAAAACGGAAAUUACCAUUACGACUAUUUGCUCCACUGUGGCGCUUCUUCACAGUAGAGCUAUUUUUGUAUUUUGCGUGUCACAUUGUGUGUCUAAGGGUUGUUUUUUUUGCUGCCGGGGAUGUGUCACUUUCUCAGUUGACCAGGGAGUUUAUGCAAAAACUCUGGGGGCAUUCACAAAGAAAAGAAUUGAAACGAAACCCCUUUGAAGUAUUUAGGGAUUAUAAGAAGGCAGCGUCUUUGCCACCGGCAUCACCAUCCCGUGGGGUUAGCUCAGACAUCCUUCUUACGUUGCUGCUGCUUUUUUCAUUGAAUGCCUUCUUCCUUGCUCUUAUACGCCGCGUUGAAUAUGUUGUGGCGGGUGAAAGGAAGAAGAAGCAGGAUGACGAAAUGGAGGGGGCAUCAAAAGUAACGAGUCAUAUUAACGAAAGAGAAAUAUCUGAUGGAGCAACUUCGUUAUGGAUGGUGGACUGUGACCAACUCAUGAAAAAUACCAUGGUUCUCUUUGCGUCUGUUCUCUCUGUUGUCAUUCCAAUCUGUGUCUUCUCGCAGCCGUCAAAUGAGGUACGCUCCAUAGGGCCGGCUGCAGUUUUGAUGUCGAUUGCGAUUGGUCUCUGCGUGUUGGAGGUACACGGUGGAAUGCGGAGCCUUCAAGCUUUUUUGAAUGGCUUUCAGGCACUUGUUUUUGUUACACUCGUCUUUCUCGUCACGGUGGAAAAACUGAGCCCCAAUGCGUGA